UACUAUUACUAAUACUAUAAUAGAAGGCUGAACAGAAACUACAGGAGAAGAAGGGAAAGGAUGAUGUUCAGAAUGUUAAUGAUCAUCACGAUGAAGAUCCAUUGUUAUUAUCAUCAUCAUCAAAUAAUACAUACUUCUAUCAAUAUGGUAUAUCACAUGUGUAUCUCGAUUCAUUAUGGUUUAAAUGUCUUAUGAUGGAAUAUUGUGGUAAAACUGAUGCAUUUGAUAAAAUGUAUCUAAUGCCCAGACAGAUCAAAUGUCGGAUUGUUGGUAUACGAGAUAUCCCUAUUGAUAAUACUUCUCGAAGGAAUUAUAGAUCAUUAGCUCAUCUCGUACAUGGUUCUACAGCUAGUAUUGUGGAUGUUGAUUUCAUUAAACCUAGGAAGUUAUCACACACUACAUUAGAGGCAUUUAAAUCGCAGAUUGAUAGGAAAUAUAAAUAUCGUAAAGAACAAAGGAGAAAGGCAUAUAAAGAAGAUAGAUUAAAGAUAGAGGCAGAGGAUAAAAGUCAUAUGGAGACAUUUAGUAGAUUAAUAUCUACCGCACCAACAGUACAUCCUAGGAUCAUAGGAAAAACUCCUACUCCUACUACAGUGAUGGCCUCAUCAUCAUCAUCAUCAGCAGAUGUGAUGAGAGGUAUAUCUAAACAUAGGAUGGUCACGACUGGUCGACUUACACCAGAGGAAGAGAUAUUGAAUUCUGAAGAGGAAUUAGAACGAGAGUUUGCCCCUCCUCCAUCAUCAUCAUACGAGGGAAUAGAUGUUACAUUGGCUAUGACUAGAGAAGGUAAUACACCACAAGAUGAUGGGAAGAAGAAAAAGAAAAAGUCACGUGGUGUAGUAAAGGUUAAACUUGCUGGUUAA